UCCAGUCUUCUUGUUGGUUUGGUGCGUGCUUGCUCGGUUGUUGCUGUGUAGGUCGCGUAGUUAAAUCACACACGAUACCGUUAUAGGUCUUGUAGAUUGAAAAUCACUGCCAACUAUGCUCCACGACAGUCGUAUAUCAUCGAGUACACCGUCCAUAGGUAGCAUAGAACCCAGCUCAACGCUCUCUCAGUACAGUUCGUGCCAGUGAAGUCCUGCUUAUCGCGCUCCAUAACACAGCGGGAUACAGAAAAAAGUGAACCAUGGGAGUUCCGGCCUUCUUCAGGUGGCUCAGUAGGAAGUACCCGUCGAUUGUGGCUCAUUGCGUCGAAGAAAAGCCACACGUCGUGGAUGGAGUGAAGGUACCAGUGGACACAACAAAACCCAAUCCGAAUGAUGUGGAAUUCGAUAACCUCUACUUGGACAUGAAUGGAAUUAUACAUCCGUGCUGUCAUCCGGAGAAUAAGCCAGCACCAAAAAACGAAGAUGAGAUGAUGGUAGACAUAUUCGAAUACAUCGAUCGCAUCUUCAGCAUCGUUCGUCCGCGCAGAUUGCUCUACAUGGCAAUCGACGGUGGUGGUAAGUCGUACUCCGCAGUCGCUCCGCGAGCCAAGAUGAACCAGCAGCGUUCCCGACGUUUCCGCGCCUCCAAAGAAUCGGCGGAGAAAGUUGAAGAGAUUUCGAGGAUCCGCCAAGAGUUGGAGGCCAAGGGUGCCGUUGUUCCGCCGGAAAAGCCCAAAGGGGAGCACUUCGACAGCAACUGCAUCACGCCGGGAACUCCCUUCAUGGCGCGCCUUGCAAAGUGUCUGCACUACUACAUCCAUGAUCGGCUGAACAACGAUCCGGGGUGGAACAUCCAGGUGAUACUCUCCGAUGCAAACGUCCCUGGAGAAGGGGAACACAAAAUCAUGGACUACAUACGCAGGCAAAGGGCUAACCCGAAGCACGAUCCAAACACGCAUCACUGCCUCUGCGGUGCAGACGCUGAUCUAAUCAUGUUGGGUCUGGCAACCCACGAGCCCAACUUCACCAUCAUUCGAGAAGAGUUCAAGCCUAACCAGCCGAGAACCGUGUGAUUGUGCUCACAACUUGGUCACGAGAUGAAAGAUUGUCAAGGUUUGGCAAAGGAAAAGUCUGGUGAGUUCGACGAGCUCGAAAAACCAAUCGGCUCAGAGACAGAGUUCAUUUUCAUCCGCCUGACCGUGCUUCGUGAAUACCUCAAGAAGGAAUGAUUCAUGGACAACCUUCCCUUCCCAUUUGACUUUGAGAGAACUGUAGACGACUGGGUGUUCAUGUGCUUCUUCGUCGGAAACGAUUUCUUGCCUCAAUUUGCCAUCAUUAGAGAUCAGAGAACAUGCAUUGACAGGCUCAUCAGGUUGUACAAACAGGCUGUGUAUAAAACAGGGGGCUACCUCACCGAGAAUGGCUUGGUCAGCUUGAAGAGGGUUCAGCUCAUUAUGACAGAGCUUGGGGAAGCAGAAGACGAAAUUUUUAAACAGAGGCAACAGAGAGAGCUCGGCUUCAAAAGAAGGAACAAAGAGAGAAAAAUGCAGAGGAAAUGGUACGCUCGACCAGCAUGGACACCAAGAGGGCAGUUUGCUCCCAGUUGUAAGUCCUCUAACAUGUCACCCGUCACAAAUGCCAAGCAGGAGGCAUACAACAUGCGGCGCGAAGGUAUGGAACACCGCAAGAAUCUCAGUGCUGGCAACACUGCAUUGGAAUCCAUGCUGAAACCCGAUGGAAAUUCAUCCGACAACAGCCCACAAGGUGUGAAAAGGAAGAAGGACGAUGAAGACUCCGACGAAGAAGAACCCCAUGAUGAAGUUCGGCUCUGGGAAGACGGCUGGAGGGAGCGAUACUACGUUUCAAAAUUUGACAUCAGUGCAGACAACGUUGCCUUCCGCUACGACGUGGCGGCAGCAUACGUGGAAGGGCUGUGUUGGGUACUGCGUUACUAUUACCAGGGUUGCGCGUCGUGGAAAUGGUUCUUUCCUUACCACUAUGCACCGUUCGCGUCGGAUUUCAUCAACAUCGGGGACCUGAAGAUAGAGUUUGAACGGGGGACCCAGCCCUUCAAACCAAUGGAGCAACUGAUGAGCGUCUUUCCUGCCGCCAGCAAGCAGCACCUUCCUGACCCCUGGGCCGAGCUGAUGGUUGAUCCCGACUCUCCCAUCAUCGACUUCUACCCGGACGACUUCAAGGUCGACCUAAAUGGAAAGAAGUACGCCUGGCAAGG